GGUAGCAAACACAUAAUGAAUGACCACCUACACAUUGGAAGCCAUGGCCAGAUCCAGGUACAACCUUUUGAAGACAGCAGCAACAAAAGGACUAUUUUGACCACUCCAACAAAUGGACUUACUGCAGUUGGUAAAACGUCAUUACCAGUGGUUCAGGACAAGCAGCUGGAGGGUUCACACAGGCGGCAGGGAAGCUCUGCUUCAGUAAAGUCAACAGAUUGUAAUUCAAAAGUGAAAUCUACUGUCAUGACACCAGAGCAAGCCAUGAAGCAGUAUAUGCACAAACUGUCAGCAUUUGAACACCAUGAGAUAUUCAACUAUCCUGAAAUCUACUUUGUUGGUCCAAAUGCAAAGAAACGGCAAGGUGUGGUUGGUGGCUCAAAUAAUGGUGGCUAUGAUGAUGACCAGGGCUCUUAUAUCCAUGUACCUCAUGAUCACAUCACCUAUAGAUAUGAAGUUUUGAAAGUAAUUGGAAAAGGGAGCUUUGGUCAGGUUGUGAAAGCUUAUGAUCACAAACAGCACCAGCAUAUAGCCCUGAAAAUGGUGAGGAAUGAGAAACGAUUCCAUCGACAGGCUGCUGAAGAGAUACGGAUUCUCGAGCACCUGAAGAAACAAGACAAAGAUCAGACUAUGAAUGUCAUCCACAUGCUGGAAAACUUCACAUUCCGCAACCACAUUUGCAUGACAUUUGAACUGCUGAGCAUGACUUAUGAGCUGAUUAAAAAGAAUAAAUUUCAAGGCUUCAGUCUGCCAUUGGUUCGCAAGUUUGCGCAAUCAAUUUUGCUGUGCUUGGAUGCUUUACACAAGAAUAGAAUUAUUCAUUGUGACCUUAAACCGGAGAAUAUUCUGCUGAAGCAGCAGGGGCGAAGUGGGAUUAAAGUUAUAGAUUUUGGUUCUAGUUGUUACGAACACCAACGUGUGUACACUUACAUACAGUCAAGAUUUUACCGUGCACCUGAAGUGAUCCUUGGAGCUCGCUAUGGGAUGCCUAUAGACAUGUGGAGUUUGGGUUGCAUUCUGGCUGAACUAUUGACGGGUUACCCACUGUUGCCUGGAGAAGAUGAAGGGGACCAGCUUGCUUGCAUGAUUGAGUUGCUGGGUACUGCACCUCAGAAGUUUUAGAUCAGUCAAAACGAGCCAAAAAAUUUUGUGAGUUCAAAAGGUUAUCCCCGUUAUUGCACUGUUACUACUUUGCCAGAUGGGUCAGUGGUUCUUAAUGGAGGACGGUCACGAAGAGGAAAGCUUCGUGGCCCCCCAGGGAGCAAGGAUUGGGUCACGGCCCUGAAAGGAUGUGAUGAUCCUCUCUUUCUGGACUUUCUGAAACAGUGCUUGGAAUGGGAUCCUACGUUGCGUAUGACACCCAGCCAGGCACUGCGACACCCUUGGCUCCGGAGACGCUUACCAAAGCCUCCAGCUGGUGAGAAAGCUUCAACAAAGAGAGCGACAGAAAGCAGUGGUGCUAUUACAUCAAUUUCUAAAUUGCCUCCAACUUCAGGCUCAACCUCAAAGCUAAGAACUAAUUUGGCACAGAUAACUGAUGCCAAUGGAAAUAUUCAAACACGAACAGUUUUGCCCAAGUUGGUUAGCUGAGUUGAAUAAGUUUAUACCAGAGAUGCGAGGGAAACCUUUCACUGAAUCUCUGAGCCUUAUUCAAUUGAACUUUUAUAUAUUUUUUAGAACUUUGUAAUUAUUCAAUAUUGGAACUUAAGCACCAUUUGUUAAGAACUAGGAAAAUAAUUUUACUGAUUGCUGGGGACCAUGCAUUAUUGGAAGGUGGUUUUCAUGUGAGGUUAAAUGCCUUUUCGUUCUGGGCAUAUGAAUAUGUAGGUCAGAUUGUGUAACACUUAAAGUUGUCAAAAGAUGUCACCAUUCAUUUAAUAUGACAAAUUAAUGACAGAUUAUAUAUCACUAUUGAUUAGGAAUUUUAUUCUUGACAGUGACUCCUGCUAAUCAAGGAUGAAGUGCAUUUACUUUUUAUUUUAAAGCAACUCUUUUUGGAAAAUCUAUGAUGAAGCCCUCUAAUUUGGGACAUAGUUUUUAGUUUCUCAUUAUUCCUAUUGUUAAUGUCCUCCUUGUGCCACCAUUGUAUCUGUUUAGUUGUUCUAACAAAGCUAAUAACUUGGAAAAUGUAUCUGUUUAUAAAUGUUUUUAAUCUAGAUUUGAGGUUGAUUGGCAACUUGUCUUUAUUUCGAAACUAAUUUUAAAAUGAGCUGAAAUAUGUCAGAAUGUUUAAGAAAGUUUAUAGACCUCAUUAUCUCCUGUAUCUGUCCUUCUAAUGAAAAUAGCUCUGUUCAGAUCCAGCUGUCAAAAAUGGAAGCAAUAGGAGUAAGUUGUAUGACAGGAAUUUGUUCAAGUGGACGUUUUGGUGAGUAAUUGUAAUGUCUUAGAUUUUGUUCUCAGUGGUGAGGCCACAGUGGUGGUGGGGGGCAUAUGUGGAAAGGUGGGAUAUAAGAAACUAUACAAAAAAACCUAAUGAUCUCCAACAUGUAUUUCUUUUAUCAUAACCACAUUUGCUGUUGGCAGCAUGGCCAUCAAACAGGCUAGGAUGACCUUUGAAGAAUCUUCACUGGUGGCAAACUAGGAAAUAAUUUUAACAAACAUUUGAAAGCUUUUAAGAUGAAUGAAAUAAAAAUUGGUAUGGUUGAGGGCAUACCUGAAAUAUCAAAUGAUUUUAACAUAUCUAUUUUAAAAACAUGGCAUUUGAAAUAUGAAGGAAUGAAAAUUGGGGAAAAAAAACUAUUUCCAGUGAGGUGGUUAAACAGUAAUUAUUGCUUAGUACACCGUUAAAAUCUUAAUCAUACUUCUUUGCAGCAAAGUGUAACAUUUUCAGUAUUUUUUCCCUCACAAAUAGUUCAGAAAUAUCUAAAGUUCUCGUCAGUUUACUAAUUUAAGUAAAUAAUGAUAGGGAGUUUGAUCACCAAUUCCAAGUUUCCACUUUCACCUCUACAUCUGUAUAUGCCAGAAGUUGUACAGAUUUUCUGUUAAAACUGUAGGCGCUGACAGCCUAAUCAUUAUUACUUAUCACAAAUUCCAGGCCGCUGUGUUAAGUUUCUUUUAAAUCAAAAGGUAGAAUAUCUUUAUCUUGUGUGAAUGAGCUGGGAUUGAUCAUAAGAUGUGAAAUAAUAUACAAACUAAAUUUGAACUACUUUUACCUGAAAGACCUAAUAUUCAAAGCAUGGUCCCCAGUUAGGCUGGUAUAAAGCAUACUACAAUUUAUGCCAAGUAUCUUCAAAACAAAAAUAUGCAUUUGGAUUUAGACCCUACAUCGUCAAGCAGUUGAUCUUCAAAUGUUUUUGACAGCCAUCCUAUCUCUGGGAAGAUUUUGUAUGUUUUCAAGGGAGAUAAAUGAAAGUUAGUGAUACAAAUUGAAACUUUGUAGCACUUGGGUUUAAGCCAAUAAACCUUCACUGUUAGAAAAAAAUUAAAUCUGAUCAGUGUAUUUCAAUGUAUAUUGCAUUUUCAUCUUGGUGCAAUAUUUGAGAUAACAGACUAUCCUUUUGUAGUAUUUUUAUGCUUUGUAAUAUUUUUAAUUAUGUUUUAACUUUACAGUAUCACUGAAAUACCACUACAACAAUUGUUAUUGUGCAUUGGGUUUAUACAUUUACCAGAAAGAUAUUUUUGUAUUUGAAUUGGCCUGAAAGUUAUUUUGAGCAAUUCUAUAUGUGCUCACUUGUUGAAAAAUAUCUCCAAUCAAAGCUUUACUUCUGUUGCACAUGUUGUAAUUAACCAUUACUAGUAAUCACAGUCCAUUUGUUUAUUUAAGAGAAUUGUAUGUUUUGGCUCCACUUAGUGUAGAUUGAUUAGUACUGUAUAGUUAUGGCUCAGAAGGCUAUAUUAGUUUUAGCUAAUUUUAGCCACCAAUUAAAUCUUGUAGGUGGCUUGUUUGAAGAUACCCAUGGUACAUGUUCUAACUUGAUAACAAUUUGGUGUCAUGAGGUCUCAGGUUAUAAUGUGAAUAGAAGCUUCUCUGCGCAUCAUUGUUCAGAACCAUUACGGUUGCUUCACCACACAAAAACAAACAGUACAGUUUAAAAUGAUAUGGGCAUGUAAAACAUUUUUUCUCACAAUGGGCAACUUGUGCCCUUAGUAUUAACAGUGUGCCUUUUGUUAUCAGUGCCAUGUUGUGGGGUUUUACAAGCAAUUGAUUAUUCUUUGAUGAUGGAUACACUAGUAAUGUAGUAGUUUAUACAGCUAAUUGGCGACAUUUUUUUGGAUGGUCUGAAAAGAAAUGAAUGUUCACUUUAAAUAAAUUCAUUCAACCCUAAAGUGUCGAAGAUUUGAAUAACACUAAAAGAAAUCUCAAGAUUUAGAUUCACUUCCUAAGCUGUGCAAGAAAAGCUGCAACCAAAUUAACAGUGACAGAUUUUGAUGUGAUAUUUAAAUGUUCUAAUGGUCUUUUUAAGAUGUCCCUUUUACAGCAUUUUGUAUAAAAGGAGACUGUAACUAAAAUCUGGGGGGAAAAAAAGCAUUCGAGAGUGAUGUUGGGAUUCUGUUACCGGUUUCUAUCUUUGAUUAUGGCUGGUGGGGUUUCUGAUACUGGUUGUAAUUGAAAGUGAGCCAUUCAGUCUGGUGACACUAUGGAUUCAAGGUCACCUAAUGAAGCUUGAGUACUUGGGCUAGGUUCAUGAAACUGCAGUCCAAUAAGUAGUCAACAUUUUUAGGGAGAAUAUUAGUGAAAAUUGAGGUUUUGGGUGGGAAGUGGGUACCCAUCAUUAUUUAAAAAUAGUUAGUUAAAGUCAAUUAAAACAUUUUUAAUUUGGGAAAUUUAGUGAUCGUCAGAGUACUUUCAGAAAUGAAUAAUCAACGUUCUCCUUUAUGUAUGUUUUGUUGUGUAAAGUAACAUGAACUAAAUAUUGACAAAUAUUCCAAACAAAAUUUGGUGCAAUCCCCAUUCCUAAAAAGGAAAUUUGGUUUCUUGAGAUAUUAGAAUUAGAUGAAUAAAACUAACUGAUUAUCUAAAGGGGAAGUUUAGUUUACUGAACUACACUAAACAUAAAUGUUCAAAAGGAAAAUGUCCAUCUGCUGUCUGGAUUCUGGUCCCUUUCAGCAUUGCAGAUUCCUAGUGUCCUGUUUUGAGAUUAAGAUUGAAGUCUUCAUCUAGUCCCAAAUAGACAAACAUUUGUGUUAACUAGGAAAGCAAAAUCCCACAAAGCUGGAAGCUCUAAAUAAAAACAACUGUCUGACCUGUUGAGUAUUUCCAGCACUUCCUUUAUAUCUAUCAAAUAUUUAUUAUCCAUUUGACUGUGCUGUAGUCAGCGUACACAGUUUGUAAAGUGAAUGAAUGGCUGCAGCUAAUUUUCUAUUUGCAACUGCUCUAUGUAUCAAGAUGUCUUUGUUUUAAUAAUAAAGUGGAAAUACUCUAUAUACUGAAGUGCAUUUUGAUUGUCCAGUUGGAUCCUUGAAUUUUGUCAACAGUACAAAUGGCUUCCAAGAAAAUACUUAAUACAGGAGGUGAUAACAAUUUUUUACAUUUACCUCAAAGGUUUUCUAGUAAUUAAAGAAAAACCCAAUUAUUUGAUGUGUACCAAAGUGCAUUCCUUUUCACAUAUCCAGCUGUAUAUGUGGCCAGAAAAUUCCCAUCUGAGGCCAGUUCAAUUGCCCUGUGAUAAUGCGCCAUGACUAACUCUGUGAAAUCUCAAAGCCUCCAUUUGUUAACUUCUAGCUUUGGAUGAAACUGAAAAUUUUUAAUUUUUUUUUAAACGUUGUGGUGGUUUCAAGUGAAGUCCGUAUAACAUUUUUCAAAUAUAAAAAUAAAUGCUGUGUUCCACAAAACUGAAUAUAUAACUGCAGCACAGAAGUCUGACUUUUUUAAAACGAAGGUUUAACAUGUUCUGAUUUGCAGUAUUGCCCAACCUGACACUUUGACACUUGUAAUGAUUUUUGUUCAUAGCACUUGAGCAGAGUUCUGCUAAAAUGUGAAUUUCUGUUACAGAGGACUUUUAGUAUUCUGGUUUCUUUGCUCAGCUACAAUUGCUUUAACAGAGCAAUUGCAGAAGUUAAUUUUCAAAUGAGCACUAAGUUAGAUGUGUGUUUCUAAUAUGCUGCAGUUGCCUAUUGUACAUAUGUUGAAUUUUUGAAUGUUAAGUUUGUAUAUAUGUAUGUAAUAUCUUGUGAAAUGCUGUUGCCACUUGAUGUGUUUUAGUGGGGCCCAGUGGCCAGUUUUAUGAUACUGUAUGUAUUGUACAGCUGAUGACAGAAGUAUGACUUUUUUUAGUGAAUAUUUGGUUAAAAUUAUUGUGGCCCAAAAUUCAUUU